AUGACCAAGAACUAUUCCCUCACUCUGUGUUGUACCUACAGCUUUGACGCUGAGAAGUACGGUAGUAUAUACAGUAACGUCGCAGGCGAAGUGACCGAUUUACGACGGGUGCUACAGAGCCUGGAGGCCAAGAAGCACGAGCGGGUGUGGUUGAAG